AAAGUUCACAUGGUAAGUAACUUUAAUUGGUAAAUUGUAAAUUCCAGGCCUAGUUUACGUGUAACUGCACUUUGAACUUCAUUUCCCAGAAUGCAGUUCGUACAGACAGCGUGGCUUUUGCAACCCAGCUGUACACAGAGGCACUUUGUGACCUUCUAAUUCUACCAUCAACACGUGUGGAGGACUUUGGCAACGGUGUUGCGCACUUUUUUAACGUGUUCUCUGCACACAGGUAAACCUGGUUGAAUUCGUGAAUGAACGAUAGUCCGGCGGACAUUCGUCCCUCUGUGCCACUUGACUGCUGCGGAGGACUCAACAACGUAAAUUACUCUAAGAUGGAUUUGUCACUGUUGGAAGAUUUCCUGAAGCACGUUACCUUUCAUGAUGUUAGUUUUCUCAUCGCUGUGGUCACCAUCAUUUUCAACCCUCUCUUCUGGAAUGUGGUUGCGAGGUGGGAACACCGUACGAAGAGGAUCUCCAGAUUGUUUGGCAGUCCUCGCCUGGCCUGUUACUGCCUGGGCUUCGUCAUCCUGCUGCUGAAUGUUUUACGCAGCCACAGUAUAACAGUGGCGAUGAAGGCCCAGGCCAGGUGGGAGGUGAUGGACAGGGUGGAGGUGUUCUACGCAGGUGUUCUGCUCAUUGCGUCAGGAAUUCUGUUUGUAGUCAGCAGCUUCCUCGCUCUGGGAUUCACUGGAACCUUCUUAGGUGAUUACUUUGGCAUCCUGAUGGAGGAGAAGGUGACGGGUUUCCCAUUUAAUGUCAUAGAAAACCCAAUGUACUGGGGCAGCACUGCCAACUACCUGGGCCUGGCACUCAUCGGGGCCAGUCCUGUUGGACUCGUUCUGACUGCCGUCGUCGCUGUGGCUUACAAAGUGGCACUAAAAUUUGAGGGACCGUUUACCCAACACAUCUAUCAGGAGCGGAGUCAGCGCCGCAAGCAUGAGUGAUCUCCUCACUGAAACUUCCUGCUCCUGAUUGGGCCAGGAUUCCCACCGCUCUGUACGGACAGAUGGACGGAACGGUCGAGACAUUUCCCUGUGAAUUUUUACUUCUUUUUUUUAGGUUUUUUUUCAUGUAAACAUUCAGAAAAUACAAAUGAGUGGAUUUGACAUUUUUUCUGUGUCAGUCUUUGCUUUUCUACUGCUGCAGAUGGAAAUCUGAUAUGGUCUGGGUUUGACAAGAUUAGAUUACAGUAGAUUACAGUAGAUUAUACUGAUCCCACACUGGGAAAAUGAACAUGCUACAGUAACAAAAAGGACAAAGAAGAAAGAGAGAGAGAGAAAGAAAAAAAAAACAGUUACUAAGG